AUUUAAAUUCUAAAUUGUUAUCCUAUCAUAAAUGUUUUGUAAAAUUGUUAAAUUACUCGUAUAUAUUUUUCCUAGUCUUAUGUUUCUUAUUUUAUACGUACUGUUAGUAUCUAAUACGUGUACUCCCUAACCAAUUAAACGCACACACGCACUGGUAUACUCAUCUCCUCCUUAUAACCCCACGUUUAUCCACUCUCACAAUUUAUCUUCAAAAGAACGUAUAUCAUAUAUAUGUUGAUAGCAAAAUAAAAGGGGAAGGCAAAAAUUAGAAUGGGAGUGACGGAGAGGGAGAGUCCGAACCAAAGGGAGCCAGAGGAUGAGAAGGAGAGGAGAGGGGAAGGGAAGGAAGAGGCGUUGCCGGUGAUGAACACAGCCACCGUCGCCGCUGUCUGACCGCCACACCACCAAACCCUAGCCGUCAUAGAGGAGAGGGUGAUCGAAGUAGAGAAGUAUCGCGUGAAGGAGGGAAGUUCCAUCGCCAGUGCUGCUGUUAGUGGAAGCCGCUACCACCGCAGCGGGGAAAACGAACAUGGGAGAAGAGGUUUCGUUGAUGUUGUCACAGAGGAAGAGGACGAGACGUGUGUGAGAGAGUGACGCACCGAGGAGGGACCAUUCCUCUGCCGCUGCCGCCGCCGGAAUUUCUGGUUGCCGCCAUGAUUAAUGGUGAGUCAGUUAAACCCUAGCCAUGAGAACCACCAUCUUUGAACCUUUAUUGCUCUGUAAAUACCCUGUAUCUGCCUCUGAUGUCCUUGGUUAUAUGAUGUUUGCUGGAGUUUGUCCCAAUUGGAGCCAUUGGCGAAGGUGUUGCCGUGCCGGAAGCCAACGCCGGGCUAUUGCUGGUUCUGAUUCUAUUAUCUUGUUUUUACUUUGUCGUCAAUUCCCAGGGUUGUUUCUGCCCUUGACUACAUUAGAUUCAAAUUCUUGUCCUGGUGCAACCAUCAUCAUUGCCGCGAAAUUAAAGCUGUUGCUGUUCCAGCGGUGUCCUUGAUUGCAUUAGGAUUGUUGUCACUGCUGUAAAUUAGAAAUGAAAUGGGGCAGUUGUGUUCAAAUUCUGCAAUUGCGACAUCGAGGGUUGUUACAGUUACAACACUCAUUGCGACUGAUGCUGAUAACUUGUUUCGAGGUAUCGAGCGAUCAUUGCGAGCGCAGCAUGUUCUAGAAGGCCAACAUGUGGAAUUUGAGACUUAUAUGCUGGAGGAGAAGCUGCGUAUUGGUGGCAGGGGAUACAAUGACUAUUGCAACAGGAUGAAGGGUAACACAACUGUUGCAGAAUAUACACAUAAGUUUGAUGACUUGUGUCGUUUCUCCAAGAUUUGUCAAGGGAAUCCUGCUGACUUUGAAGAAUGGAAGUGUUUGAAGUUUGAAGGAGGCCUUCCUGAGGACCUAAUGAGUUUGGUAGUUCGGAUGGAGAUACGAGUUUUGCUGAGCUGGUUAAUAAAUGUAAGUUAAUAGAAGAGUGUGCUAAGAAGGUAACUGUAUUUAAAGCGAGUUGACACGGAUUUCCAUCAACGAACUAUAACAGUUAUAACUGGAAACCACAAAGGAUGAAUUUCGAAACAUCUGGUGUGCUACAACAUAGGAACUCGCUAGCUGGUAAUAUUCCUGCUCGUCCUACGGGUGAGAAUAGACGUAGAUUAAAGCAAGAUAAUGGUGAACAAUUGGUGCACGAAAUUGUGAUUCACACUUUUCACAACUCCGCACAACUAACCAACAAGUGCACUAGGUCAUCCAAGUAAUACCUUACGUGAGUAAGGGUC